AAACAGAGGAAAACAGUCAUCUCUGUUCUCUCUCUGUUCUCUCUCUGCCUCUCUUACCCCAUCGGCCACACCUUCUUCCUCGCUUGCGAACCUCUUCCUUUGUCGAUACACUCUCCCUCCUUUGGCCCUCCAAAAAUUCUGCUCUUCUGAGUGAUGGGUGUGACCUGCCGGUGCUCGCACACGUUCCACAUAACCGAGAUCAUCAUGACCAGCUUCUUCCGCCAUAAGUCUUAAGUCCUUCAUCUCUCCCGGUUCCAGACCCCCUUCUUUUCAUUUCGGUCGAUGGUGUCGAGCUAGAGACCAGAAUCCGACCCAGAAGAGCACGCGUGGCGGGGGAUCGUCCAUGGCGGGCGGUGGUGGUUGCGAGGGUUCAGCGAUCGCAUCUUUGCUUCAGAACCAGCGAGUCUCUCCCUCUUCCGAUGCCUUUUUCUUUUACGGGUCUUCUUUUUCUGUAGGAUCGAGAUCCAUGGUGAGCUUUGAGGAUGCUAGCGGGGCAAACGUGUCGAAAAAUCCCUUCUUCCAAGCGUUUGAUCCCCAUGAAAUCGGGGAGGAAGAGCUGGACGAGUAUCUCCAUCAACCCGAGAAGAAGAGGAGGCUGACGACCGAGCAGGUCCAUUUCCUCGAGAAGAACUUCGAGCUGGAGAACAAGCUCGAGCCGGAGAGGAAGAUCCAGCUCGCCAAGGACCUCGGUUUGCAGCCCCGGCAAGUCGCGAUAUGGUUCCAGAACCGCCGGGCCCGAUGGAAGACCAAGCACUUGGAGAAGGAAUACGAAGAUCUGCAAGCCAGCUAUAACAGCCUCAAGGCCGACUGCGACGGCCUUCUCAAGGAAAACGAUAAGCUCAAAACCGAGGUUCUUGUCCUUACGGACAAGCUUCUUAUCAAAGCAAGAGGAACGCAAAAUUCCAAAUUGUCCAACGCAUCAUCUCCUGGACCACCGGAGAAUCCCGUCGCCUGCUCCAAGGGCGAAGAAGAGAGAAUUUCGACGGUACCCGAAGAUGUCUGUCCCGGCAAGAGCGAGAUAUCGGAUUCCGACAGUCCAAAUGGUGGCUAUUCUCCGCUGAGAGAGCACGGUGAUUCUUCCUACGCCUUCGAGCCCGACCUCUCGGAUUCGUCCCAAGACGAGGACUACACGCGGAAUGAGAACCUGCAGCAUCUGUGCGUCUUCCCGAAGCUAGAAGAGACUCGAGACGAUUACCCCAUCCUAUCCACAAGCUCGUGCCAUUUCGGAUUCCCUCCCGAAGAUCAAGCCUCCUGGCCCUGGCCGUACUAAGGAACUAUCGGUAUCUUAAGGCUUGUUUCUUCCAUGAAACUGGACUCUUGUGAAUUAUGACCAUAAAUAAGCAAUCAACUUCAUCGUUAGCGCUCAACGCAGAUCUGAUCCUGUACUCCGCAGUAGUUUUUUACCCUUUUCCGAGCCGAAAGUCAUGUUAGUAGUUGUCGA